UCAGCUGAUGCGUAGCGUCACGUAAUGAGCCCUCGAUGAGGAGGGUGUAGGGGUUGGUCCUGGAAGCCCGCUGCUGUAGUCCUCCUCAUCAUCUCUGGUCAUGUGGCUCUUUCUCUCAGGCUGCAUCUGGAUCCUCCUCAGGAAGUUGGACCUGUUUCCUUCCCUGCAGCCUCCCUCUGCUUUCUGACAGUCGCUCCAGUUGGGCUGCUUGCUUCCUGGUUCUCCGUGUUUUAACUGCGGCUCUCGGUCGCCGCUCAUCGGCCCGGGCCUGGGAGCCUGAGAGGCAGGGCUCUGCUGCGAACACCUCCAUCUCCUCUCAGAGCCAGGGAGAGCUUAUCAUGGAGGCCCCGGCGGAGGAGGAGCCGUUGCAGAAGGACAAGUACCUGCCUCUGCCUACUCUGAGCCCAGCCGUGCCCCCCUUUGUGACUUUGGGUCUGACGGUGGUCUACACCGUCUUCUAUUCGCUCCUCUUCACAUUCAUCUACGUCCAGCUCUGGCUGGUUCUGCGGUACCGACACAAGCGCUUCAGCUACCAGACUGUGUUUCUGUUCCUGUGCUUGCUGUGGUCGGCCCUGCGCACCGUGCUCUUCUCAUUCUACUUCAGGAACUUUGUCACAGCAAACACCCUGGGGCCCUUUCCCUUUUGGCUGCUCUACUGCUUUCCUGUCUGCCUGCAGUUCUUCACUCUCAGCCUCAUGAACCUUUACUUUGCACAGGUUGUUUUUAAGGCAAAGUCCAAAUAUGCACCAGAGCUUCAGAGGUACAGGCUGCCCCUCUACCUCCUUUUCCUGUUUAUUAGCCUGGUAUUUUUGGUCGUGAAUUUAGCGUGUGCCCUGCUGGUGAGGAUGUCCUCAGCAGAAGCUCACACCAUUGUGCUCGUGAGAGUCGCCAUCAACGACACGCUUUUCGUCCUGUGUGCGGUCUCGCUCUCUUUGUGUCUUUACAAGAUCGCCAAGAUGUCUCUGGCCAACAUUUACCUGGAGUCCAAGGGGACGUCGGUGUGCCAGGUGACAGUUAUAGGAGCCAUUGUCAUACUGCUGUAUGCAUCCAGGGCCUGCUACAACUUGGUCGUCCUGGGUCUCUCAAACAAAAGCAUUAACUCGUUUGACUACGACUGGUACAACGUGUCGGACCAGGCAGAUCUACAGUCGACUCUGGGUGACACCGGCUACGUCGUCUUCGGAGUGAUUUUGUUUGUUUGGGAGCUGCUACCUACUUCCCUGGUUGUAUAUUUCUUCAGAGUUCGGAAGCCCAACUUGGACAGGAGCAGCUCUGGCCUCCCAGGUCAUGUCUUCUCGUCCAGGGCUUACUUCUUUGACAACCCAAGACGUUACGACAGCGACGAUGAUCUCGCUUGGAGCGUCAUGCCUCAGAACAUCCAAGCCAGUCUGGCUGCGGACAGUUACGAGUGGGGGAGCCAAAACAGCGGCAUCAGCGCCUACAUUGGAAGUGAGGACAGUUACAACUACUCCCGUCCUCCAGAGGAACUGAGCCAUUACUGAGGGGAGUUCACAAUGACUCCUGUUGGCCUGUUGCUUUGCUCCUUAUCUGUAUAUUUUUGCCACAGUCUGUUACUGACUGAGGCACAACUUUAUUCAUGAGCUGUUCCGUUUGGAGGAAACCAACAGACUUAUCUCAUUGCCAGUAUAUAAAAGCCCAGUAAUGGGGCUUUACUUUUGCACACACCUUGUACAGAUUAUGAUCUGUUCUUAAACUCUUUCAUUAUUUAGUUCAUGUUGAUUACAACUUAAUAUAUUUCCUAACCUUUGUAAGAAGUACUGUAAUACUUUUUAUUGUACUGUCUGAAUGUUUUUUUUUCAUACAGAUGUUUAUAACGAAGAGAGACUCGUUUAAUUCAUAUUAAAAAGUUUAAAUGCUGUAGAAAUGCUUUAAUGUUAACAUUUCUUUUUGUAGCUGAGGUUUUCCAUGGAUAUUGAAGAGAAAAAAAGUUCUCAGCUUUGGAAGCCAUACCUUGCACUGCAGCACCCCCUGUUGGUGCUUCAACUUGAGUUGUUGACAUUUGUUCUUUAAAAUCUUGGUUGUAUUUAGUGAUAAAAAACUAAAAGUGCAGGGUUCUUACACAUUUCCCCUUUGGAACAUUUGCAGCCAUCUGUGCAAAAAGAAAGGCACAUAGUUGAGUUUUAUUAUCUGGAUACCCUACAUGUAUACAUCAUGACAGCACAACGCUGAGGUUGGCUUCAGAUCCAGCGGCAUCAUAAACGGCACUGGUUUACUUGGGGUUUUUUGGGCAAGUUAAAUUGGCUCUGCUUUAAAAUUUAUGCCAGAUUUGUCAAAUCAGGCCUGAUUAUUUUACUAUAAAUGCAAGUUCAAUAACAGAUUGUUUCAAUUUAUGCUUUUAAAUGUAGAUCCUCUCGCACAGAAAAAAAUGUAGUUACAUAUUGUGCACAGAAUUAAGAAAAAUAAAUACAUUUUGGGAAGUAAAAACAGGAUUUUAUAAAAGGACUCUGUAAAACCAAACUGAUCAAUUUCUUCAGCAUGUUGCAAUUUACAGAUAAAAGGUGUAAAUUAUAUACAAACCGAUGAAAGAAGCACUUUGUUUAGAAUAUCUUUUUAAACUGAAUAAGGAAUAAAAUCUGGAAACUCAAA